AUGAAAAAGAUUAAUGUUUUCGUAGUUCCUAUUCAUGGAACAGUACUCUAUCCAUAUUAGAACUUAAAACUCAGACUAACAGAAUUGUAAUUCUAUGAUGCCAAAGUGAAUAAUAAUUAUGUUGCUAUUGUACCAGUAGUUGACCAAUAAAUUGAUGGGAUUUAAAGAAUUCAGAGAUUUAGUCAAUAUGGUACAUUAGUAAGACUUACAAGUGAAGAUUAUACGUAAUAAUUUGAUCAAAUAAUAUAGAGUGUAUGCUUCUAAUAAAAUUUACUAAGCAUUUUCAUUUGCUAGAAUCAAAAUAGAUUCUAUAAUUAAAUCUACUCCAUAUUAUAUGGUAUCAGCAGAAGUUUUAGGAGAUGAAAUUAUUGAUGAAUAAACAUUAUGGAGUAGUUAAAUAAUAGACAAUUUAAAGAAUCUAGCAAAAGUAAGAAUGUUGGAUAUUUUUUUUAGUAAUAUUUAGAGUAAUUCUAAAUGAAUCCAAGUCCACAAUUUUUAUAAAUCAUACAAGAAGAAAAGAACAUAAAUAAAUUGUUCUUUAUUAUAGCCUCUAAUGCUGAUUUACCUUAUAGUUAGAAACUCAAAUUAUUAUAAAUCGAUGACCACUAAACAAAGAUCAAUUUAUUAAUUCAAUAUUUAAAAACUAAGGUUGAAGAAUUUGCUUAAACAAAAGCUUUAGAAUAAAAAGUAUCUAAAGAUCUCAUGCAAUAAAUGUCUAAAUAGAUUAAUAAACCUACUAAUCUACCUAAUAAUCUUCCAAUCCCAUAUUAAAAAUAAAAAAAUAAUGAUAUUGAAAAAUUAUAAGCAAAAAUUAAAGAAGCCAAUCUACCAGAUCAUGUUAGAGAGAUUGUAGAAUAAGAAAUGUAAAAAAUUGAAAAAGGAUCUAUGGGAGUAGAUUCAAAUGUAACAAGGAAUUAUAUUGAUUUAAUACUUUAAUUACCAUGGAAUUAAUAAGUUGAAGAAACAUUGAGUAUUGAAAAAUGUAAAGAAACACUUGAUGCAGAUCAUUUUGGAUUAACUAAAGUUAAGGAGAGAAUAUUAUAAUUUUUGGCUGUGAAGAAAUUAAGAAAAGAAAGAAAAAUAGCUGAUUCUAAUGGUUAAGGAUCAAUUAUAUGUUUUUUUGGUCCUCCUGGAGUUGGUAAAACUUCGCUUGGUCAAAGUAUUGCUAAAUCUUUAAAUCGUCCUUUUUAUAGAAUUGCCUUAGGUGGAGUAUCUGAUGAAGCAUAAAUAAGAGGUCAUAGACGUACCUAUGUUGGUGCAUUUCCAGGAUCCUUUAUUUAAGCUAUAAAGAAAGUGAAAUGCAAAAAUCCAGUUAUUUUAUUGGAUGAGAUUGAUAAAUUAACAUCUAAUCAUAGAGGAGAUCCUAGUUCUGCUUUAUUAGAAGUAUUAGAUCCUGAAUAAAAUAAUCAUUUUAUGGAUAAUUAUUUGAAUAUUGAAUUUGAUUUAAGCAGUGUAUUAUUUAUAGCAACAGCUAAUUAAUUAGAAACUAUUCAACCAGCAUUAAGAGAUCGUUUAGAAUUGAUAGAAAUUGUUGGUUAUACCGUAAAAGAGAAAAUAGCUAUUGCUAAUAACUAUCUGAUACCUAAAUAACUAUAAAAAAAUGGGUUAGUAAAUGAAUAAGUUACUAUUCCUUCAGAAAUUAUACAUACAAUUAUAAAAUAAUAUACUAGUGAAGCAGGUGUUAGAUAAUUAGAAAGAAUAAUAGCCAAAAUUUAUAGAAACAUUGCUCUAAAAUAUAUAACAGAUUAAUAAAAUUUUAAAACUAUUGUUGUAGAUUAAGAAAGUUUAAUAGAAAUCUUAGGUCCAUCAAUUCAUUCAGAUAAACAUACUACUCCUUUGAUAUCAAUUCCAGGAGUAUGCAAAGGAUUGGCAUGGACUCCAGCUGGAGGAAAAGUGUUAAUGAUUGAAUCAGUGAAAAUGGAAGGAAAAGGAAAAUUUGAAAUUACUGGUAUGUUAGGAGAUGUAAUGAAGGAAAGCGUAAGAACAGCUAUUGGUUGGAUUAAAGCAUAUUGGCCAUAAAUUAAAAUAUUAAGCAAAUCAAGCACAAAUAUUAAUUUUGAUGCCCUUGAUAUUCAUGUAUAUUAUUUCUAUUAUAAUAAUAGAUACAUUUUCCAGCUGGUGCAACUCCAAAAGAUGGACCAUCAGCAGGUGUAGCUAUAACAACUGCAAUAGUAUCAUUGCUUACAGGAUUGAAGGUUAAAAAUAAUAUAGCAAUGACAGGUGAAAUUACUUUGACAGGUAGAGUGUUACCAGUAGGAGGUAUAAAAGAAAAAAUUCUUGGCGCAUUUGAGAAUGGAAUAUUUAAGUAGAGAUUAAAUUAAUGUUAGUGUUAUAAUCCCACAUAGAAAUAAGGCAAAUUUGGUAGAUGUUGAAGCUGAAAUAAAAGAAAAAAUGUCAAUUCAUUUAGUGAAAACUAUAGAUUAAGUGCUUCAAAUUGCUUUGGAAGGGAAUGGUCCCAAUUUUAAAAUGAUUAAUUUAUCUAAUUUGUGA